AGAACGAAUGGCUCCAAGACCACUGCAUGCAAGUCGGGGACGCCUACCUGAUUGUCUACUCCAUCACAGACCGAGCGAGCUUUGAGAAGGCAUCUGAGCUGCGAAUCCAGCUCCGCAGGGCCCGGCAGACAGAGGACAUUCCUAUAAUUUUGGUUGGCAACAAAAGCGACUUAGUGCGGUGCCGGGAAGUGUCUGUAUCAGAAGGGAGAGCAUGUGCUGUGGUGUUCGACUGCAAGUUCAUCGAGACCUCUGCGGCUGUCCAGCACAACGUGAAAGAGCUGUUCGAGGGCAUCGUGCGGCAGGUCCGCCUCCGGCGGGACAGCAAGGAGAAGAACGAGCGGCGGCUGGCUUACCAGAAGAGGAGGGAGAGCAUCCCCAGGAAAGCCAGGCGCUUCUGGGGCAAGAUUGUGGCCAAAAACAACAAGAAUAUGGCCUUCAAGCUCAAGUCCAAAUCCUGCCAUGACCUCUCUGUGCUCUAGGCACCCAGAGUCACGCAGAUGUCCCCCCUAGUGGACAUCGCUGAUGGCCAUUGGGACCGAUAAUCUAUAUUAGAUUGGAUACUUAAGUAUUGUUAGAUGUGGCUUCCCCCAUUGCAGCUGGGAACUAAUGUGUUAGCCUCAUGGGCAACAUGAUGCAUGAGAAAUGAAAGAUCUUUGUAAAAAGUCAGUAUUUAUUUACAGGAAACGCCUGACCUUACUACUUGAACACCCAAGACUCAUUAGAGGAUGUGUUUGGUGUUCACAUGUGUUUCUUCUCUCCUUUGGUUGGCAGAGAAUUGAAGCUUAUGAAAGAAUGCCUAGAACGAGAACUUUUCAUCAUUAAAAUUUCGCCCAGUGUUCUGAUAUGUGACUUCAAGGCCGAUGGGUCAUAAACAAAUACAGGACAGCUGACAAGGGGUUUAUGCAAAGGAGGGAGGACUUUCUACAUACCUUAUACCUAUGGAGCUAGAAUCGUAGAACUGAACUCAUCAAAAUUGUGACUCUUAUUGCUCCUUCUAACUGUGAAAAGAAAUUGCUGGAAACUAAAGCUUAGCAAACAAUUUUUGUUCAAUGCCCACAGGGUCUUGUAGAAUUGGGAACUGAUACAUGUACCACCUAUAGGUUCAAAAAUUGUAACUUUACCUAUGUGUCUUACAGGUUUUUAUUUAGGGGAAAAUUAUUUGAAUCAAAUUCUACUUAGUCAAACAACCUUUUAUGUUUUAUUAUUUUUGCAGUCAUGGAGCCAUCAUAAAAAUAUUUCUAAAUCUGAAUUUAUUGAUAGCCUGGAGUAUAAAAUGUCAAUUUUAAAAAUAUAAUCACAGUCCGAAUUUUGAUAAAACCCAUAACAUAGAAACUUCUAGUACUUUGGGUUGACCCUCGUAUGCCACAGCUCUGCUCUAUUUAUUAUUAUUUUGCAAAAUAAUCAUUUUAACAUUUGAUAAAGCGUAUUUAUGAACACAUUUCUUAAUAAGAAAAAUGUCCAUUUUAUUACCAUUUUCUAUCUUUUUCAAAAUAUGCAAGUUUUUACCUAUAUGUCUUAUAAUAAAAGAAAUAAAAUCUUUG